UAUUAGCUGUUCACGUAACUCAUUCCAGCCAGGAGAGCGUUUUUGGCUUUUGUUAAACAAGCUCAAAGGCAAAAUAUAAAUUCUCCCUCAUUAUACCGUUGUUUUGUGUCUGUACGCUUGUCUCCUCUCAGUUUUAAUGCCUUUUAGAAAGGUUGAAUUGAUGGGUUCUCUCUGCUGUUUGUGGUGUCUGCUUCCAGAGCAAAAAGCAGAGAAGCAAGAGGUCACAGUGAUUAGAUUAAGUAUCUGGGUCAAUUACCAUUACCUGUGUUUAUUCUCUGAUGAGUUUUGAUACUGGAAGAAGGCAGAGAUAAAAAAGAACAUGUGCAGAAAGAGAUAACUACAGCUGGAGCUGCCCCAGGCAGUGGCCGCUUUCUAAAUGGAUUUAUGGAUGAGCUUUUCCUAUCAGUUUUGUGUCCUGUGCGAGGAGAUAUCAGGCGUGUGCAAACGAGCUUCUUUAUUGUUAUUAUCCUCUCUCAGUUAGUGGAUGUUCUUGAGCUCCAAAAGCCAAAGUGGAGUGAGUCAUCUUUCUAGCAUAAAGCAUGGUCUUACAUUAAUGUGAGUGCUUCCACUUGGUUUGGGGAGUUAACUCGUUUCUUUAAACUUUAUAAACCCAACAACCAUUACUGGUAACUCCUGGCUCUCUGUAGGUCCUCUUGCAGAUUUCCUUCUCUUAGUUAUUGUCUAUCAGUUUUAGUUUACAAAGUGGUGGGGGUUUGUAAAGCAUUCUCCCCAAACUUAGCGUUGGCACAACUAAACACCAGAUUAUUUCUGCAGAAUCUGACUUUCUGGUGCACGCUUUGCAGUGAAGAUGCUGGAGACUCAGGAUGCUGCAGCUCAGUCAACAUUGGAAGGAGACCCAGGAGCUUUGCAGGGCAUGAGAUCAGGAUGUGGUGCCGGAGGCUGGCGUGCCUGCUCAGUGUGCCUUGCCAACAUACCAGACAUCACUUGCUGGGACUGUCCCGUGGCAGGAGGACCUUCACCACUGCUGUGGCUCGCUGGCAUCACACGGCCCCAGAAUCCAUCAGCUGUGCCUGGCAAUUACACGGUGAUCAUUUAGAGCUCAGGUAUGCAGACACCUUGAUGCGCUUUGACUUCGUCUGGCUGCGGGACCACUGCCGCUCAGCUUCCUGCUACAAUGCCAAGACGAACCAGCGCAGCUUGGACACAGCUAGUGUGGACCUAGGCAUCAAGCCCAAGGCUGUCCGAGUAGAUGAGACCACGCUUUUCCUCACGUGGCCGGAUGGACAUGUUACACGGUACGGGCUGCAGUGGCUGGUGAAGAACAGCUACGAGGGGCAGAAGCAGCAGGUCAUGCACCCACGGAUCCUCUGGAAUGCAGAAAUCUACCGCCAAGCCCAGGUCCCCUCUGUUGACUGCCGGAGUUUCCUGGAGACGGAUGAGGGGCUGAAGGAGUUCCUGCAAAACUUCCUUCUGUAUGGGAUUGCUUUUGUUGAGAAUGUCACUCCCACCAAAGAGGACACACAAAUCUUAGCAGAAAGGAUCAGUUUAAUCAGGGAGACCAUCUAUGGCAGAAUGUGGUACUUCACCUCUGAUUUCUCCCGGGGUGACACUGCCUACACAAAACUGGCUCUGGAUCGGCACACUGACACAACCUACUUCCAGGAGCCCUGCGGCAUCCAAGUGUUUCACUGCCUCAAGCACGAGGGGACAGGUGGGCGUACACUGCUGGUGGAUGGCUUCUAUGCGGCGGAGCAGGUUCUCCGGCAAGCCCCCGAUCAGUUUGAGCUGCUAAGUAAGGUGCCACUGAAGCAUGAGUACAUCGAGAAUGUGGGAGACUGUCACAACCACAUGAUCGGAGUCGGGCCAGUCCUUAACGUCUAUCCCUGGAACAAUGAGCUUUACCUGAUCAGAUACAAUAACUAUGACCGUGCAGUCAUCAACACUGUGCCUUACGAUGUUGUGAAUCGCUGGUACACUGCUCAUCGCACACUCACCACUGAGCUCAGGAGACCAGAAAAUGAACUGUGGGUCAAACUGAAGCCAGGCAAGGCACUGUUCAUAGAUAACUGGCGUGUCCUGCAUGGACGGGAAGCAUUCACAGGGUACCGCCAGCUGUGUGGCUGCUACCUGACAAGAGAUGAUGUGCUCAACACCGCGCGCCUACUGGGACUGCAAGCUUAGCCUGGGCCAUCUGCUGUGGAGAGGCAGACAGAGCUCCACGCCGUGCUGGUGCUUCACCACAACCAUGUUGCACAUACCUCAGACACCUCUGCCCUCUCUCAGCAGUUCUCUCUGCCUGUGUGGGAGAAGGGAGCAGGUGGAAGCCAAAGGUUAUGGGAGCUUUAUGGGACUGUAUUCUGCCACCUUGGUCAGCUCUUGCUGUCUGUGCACUCAGCCUGGUCUUUUCAGCCAGCCACUUUGUCUCAGCUCCAGUGAACUGGGGCUGAUCACACUAUGAGAAGUGUUCCUCCAAUCAAGUGCCUUCAGGAUCUGUAAUCAGUUUCUCCCUGUUGUUUGGCCUUUUUUUUUUUUUUUUUUUAAUCAGCUACCGUGUUUGUUUUACAUAACAGAGCAGAGUGGAUAUAUCUGGGAUAUCUGGGACCUUGUUUCAUCUCAGGCCAGAUGCCUUCUAGAGAAAAAGGAAAUCACUGCUUGAUGAAAGUGCUACUACUUAAACUGAGGGCUGUUGGCAUGUACCUGUGACUUCUUUCCUCUUAAGCUGUGUACCCCUGUCUGACAGGCUCUGGUACAAGUGAUGCUACCUGAGAGUUGGCCUGGAAAGCCAAGCUCAUAUAGUUAAAGUAUCUCUAAAGGUUUAGGGUAGACAGAAAGGGGAAAGUAGUGAGAUAGAUCUGCAGAUUGGAGAGAUGGCUUUGGUUGAGCGUGCUUCUCCUCACAUUUCCUUCAGUAAUGUAAUGUUGAACUAGUGAUCUGUCUGCCUGUUACACCAUACUUCACUCGAGGAUGAAGGCUUAUCAGCUACAGUGUUUGACCCAUUUCCUACUCUGCCUACUCUUCUGGCUUUAUUGAAAAAGGAAUUUUUAUUGGGUCAUCUUUAUUCUGACUGCUGGAUGAAGCCGACUUUUAUUCCACCGGAUUUUCCUGCAUAUGAAGGUAAUGAACAUGGAUAAAAUUUCAACUCCUGGUAGCAAGAAGGUAAAUUUGUAGAGUGACACACUGAACAACUACGGUGGAAAUCUCUUUUUAGGUUUUAUUUUUAAUUCUUCCAUAUGUUUGAGAGUUAUUUGCUCUGCUUUGACUGGACCCUGAAACAUGGUCCUAUUCACUUCUGGCUUUCCUGUACAAGAAAGUUGCUGUUAUGCCUAAGGUAUAAAUGGGGUGCAGAUGCCAAACCUGCUGCCUUUGUUUAAUCUAAAUAUUGAAUGUAUACAUCUUAAUGUUAGGAAGCACUCUUAAGAGCUGCUGCUCCUGUGGACUGAGCUAACUUAUGCUGUCAUUUGCAGUGAGCCAUUACUCCAUCAGGAUUUGAAAGGGUUUCAGAGUGGGAAGCUGUGCGUAUCAGAGGAUACAUAAAGAAGUGAAGUAUGAGCAAUGGCAGCAAGCUUGAAGCAGGCUGGCUUUUGUCAGGUGUGUCUCCCAGGGCUUGUGAACAACCUGAGACAUAGGCAGGUUCUUAAGGUUUCCUCUAGGCUAAGCGAGUAGGUUCCUCAAGCACCCUGAGGCAUAUAUUACUUCUAUUAUUUCUUUACCAAAUAUUUGGUCUAAUGGUUCUCCAUAGAUGCCCGCUACACCAGCAUAGCUUAAGUGUGAAGCUUUGCAGAUCUUCCUUAACCACACGAAAGUGGCAAACCCCUGCAGUUACAUGUGCUCCUCACAUAACCCAUCUCACAUGCUCCAGGGUUGUUCCACUUUGUGCUUCUGAGUGAAGCUAUGACCUGGAGCACGUUGGGGAGAGGUCAUGACAAAACCAUCUCUGUGUUAAUUGACCCUGGGAGGGGGACAAAGGAGCAUGAUCAGUAUUUCAGGAUGCAUCAGAGAUUUCUGAGCUCCUUUUGUCUCUUUGUUCCCCCUGCAGUCAGAAUAAAAGCACUUGGGUUAACGUGGGACUCAUCCUGUAGCUGCUGAAAUGAGCUUCCCAUUUUUAUCAGCUGCAAGCCAAAAAUCUGCUGCUACUCUGAGCUGGAGAGUGCAGGGCUAUGGCCAGCACAAGGGAGAACUGACUCAAAAUAUACUGAUAAUUGUAGUGAUACAGGUGCCUUUAUAAUGAGGAACGUGGUGAUCGUAGCUCUGCCUCUCACUGAGCAGUGUGGAGCUGCCAAGAGCUGUGGCCUUCAGCCACCAUACUCCUAUUUGAGCCAUUUCCAAGCCAGCACACUCCUUGAGGUGACUAUAAUGUGUUUUGAGGGGGAAAUUCUUCACCAUGAAUGUAGCAGAAACACAUUCCCUCAUAGGUGUUGUUUCCAUUCCAUUUAGCCAUUUCAUAAGAAACUAGGGAGACAGAGCUUUGUUUAAUCACGUGCUUCAUCUCUUCCUCACUUCCCAAGUGAGCUGAGUUGUUUCUAAGCAUCUUGUGAUCCUCGAGGCUUUAUUUGUAGAAACAGGGCUUCUUGGCAGCUGCUGUCUGUCUGAUCUGGACAUCUGUUGUGUUGUUAUGGAACAGGUGGUUUGCUGUAAUGGUAUCCGAUCAAGUUUUGUAAUCGAGCUUUACCAGUUCUUUCAGCCAAUAAAUGAUGAACCGCUUCUUCCUCCCACUACACAAGGGCUCUACUGUAUGUGUUUCUAAAGCGUUUCCCAAAAGUAAAAAAUGAAGUGAUGAUGUUAACCUGACCAACUUUAUAAUUCAUUUAAUACAAGACAUCUAUGCCUAGCAAUCGUGAACUUGAUAAGAUGGAAUAAAUCUGAGAAGGGUGUAUCGAUA